AUGAACGACCACCACCAAAACCGGCACGUACCAACUGAGACUUCAGCAUUGCUCGGCAUCCCCUCUUCAGCACGCUCUGAAAUCGAUGAAGAAUCCCUACUGGCCAGCUCCAUAUCCAAGGACGAACAGGCCUUGCAUGCUUCUUCGAAGACUAUCGGGGAGCGCCUCCCAUAUAAUGACUAUACCACCAUAGACUGGCUUCAUGAUCUCGUCAAGGACAGCGCGCGGCAUCAACUGCUGCAUCGAUCAAGCCCCGCAAGGAACCGGCUGGUGUCGUGGUGGGAUGCUGCCCAGGGCUGGGUUGCUGCGUUCAUCAUUGGCGUGCUGACCGCUGCCGUGGCGUUCCUAGUGGACGUCAGUGUAGCGAGUGUCGCAGACUGGAAGGAAGGGAGAUGUGUCGGCAGUGGCGGCUGGUGGCUGGAUCGCGAGCGGUGUGGUGACGCGUGGAGGCCGUGGUCGACUUCUUGGGGGACUGCAUAUGGAAUUUAUGUCUGCUUUGCUCUUGUAUAUGGCCUCAUGGCCGGUGGCGUCACAAUGCUCACCAAGACCGCCUUGCCAGUCGCAGGAACUGGUGAGGAUGCCGGCGAGGCAUGGAGAGGCUCAUCCCCAAAGGACCACUUCACCGAAACCACAACCGGCAAAUCGAUGUACAUGGCUGCUGGAAGCGGUAUCCCAGAGAUAAAGACGAUCUUGUCAGGAUUUGUUAUUCCUCACUUCCUCGACUUCAAAGUGUUAGUCGUCAAGGCUGUGGGUGCCAUUUUCGCAGUGGGUACAGGCAUGAAUCUGGGCAAAGAAGGACCAUUUGUCCACAUAUCUACUUGUGUAGGAUAUCUGGUGGCAAGAUGGUUUCCUAAGUAUCGUACGAACGGCAGGAAGAUGAGGGAGAUGCUUAGUGUUGCCUGUUCAGCUGGACUGUCUGUAGCUUUCGGAGCACCGAUUGGUGGUGUGCUUUUCAGCUAUGAGGAAAUAAGCACGUACUUUCCCCGUCCCGUGCUGUGGAAAGCCUUCCUCUGCUCGCUCGUCGCAGCCGCCACCCUCAAGGAGCUCAACCCGACGGCCACAGGCAAGCUCGUCCUCUUUGAAACAAAUUACGGCGUUAACUACGACGCCGUCCACUAUCUUGUCUUCAUCCUGCUAGGCAUAUGUGGCGGCAUCUUCGGAGGGGUGUUUUGCCAAGCGAAUUUUCGAUGGUCCAAAGUUUUCCGGAAACAUGCGCUCAUCAAAGACCACCCACUGUUCGAGAUAUUCCUUGUCGUGCUGUUGACAUCUGUUUUACAGUACCCAAAUAGUUUGACCAGGUCGACAGGUGAUGUAGUCAUGGCUGAAUUGCUAGUUGACUGCAACGAGCCGGAAGACGUGGAGACGUCACACGUUUGCGAAAUGGAGGCGCUGCAAGACAAGUCUGUGUACUACUUGUGGUUGGCAACCGGUACGCUGGUCAAGUUACUACUCACGAUCAUUACCUUUGGUUGCAAAGUCCCCUCGGGAAUCAUCAUUCCUGCCCUGGACGCUGGUGCUUUGUUUGGACGGAUGGUCGGGCAAAUCCCCUUCCUCUUUGAUUCAAUCUCUCCAGGUAUCUUCGCAAUGGUUGGCGCAGCAGCAUUUCUAGCUGGUGUAUCUCGGAUGACAGUCAGUCUUGCAGUCAUCAUGUUCGAGCUGACAGGCGAGGUGAACUUUAUCCCACCCUUCAUGGUAGCUAUUCUUACUAGCAAAUGGGUUGCCGAUGCUAUAAGCGGAGAGAGUGUGUAUGAUCUGAGCCAGCACUUGCUGGGACACCCGUUCCUAGACGCUGAGCAUGCGUUGGCAAAGGUGCGAGAAGCAGGAGGCGGGAUGGUGGCGGACCUGAUACCGCCUGAAAACACAAUGGAGGAGAUUACGGUGCAUAUAGGACCGGACGGCGUAGUGCGCAGACAACUUCUGCGUGAGAAGCUCGCGCAGUUGAAGUCAAGGGGGUUGAUGGACGCUGGAUUAGUGCUGGUUAAUGAACAAGGUAUUUGCCAUGGCUAUUUGCCAGAGGCGGAACUCGAAUUUGCUCUAAAGCUGAAGGAGCACGUGGAGGAAGCCGAUGAAGGCAGGCUCGGGUAUGACGAUGUGGCCGACCUCAUCAGAGGGCCAAUUUCUGACUUUAUCAAUCGCACCCCCUUGACUAUCCCAUCUACAGCACCGGUCGAGUACGCUGUAGAGAUGUUCGGCAAGCUGGGACUGCGUUAUCUAGUCAUUGUCGAGGAGGAUACCGCAAGAAUGCUGGGCCUUGUGAUCAAGAAACGGCUGGUGAAGUAUUUGGACGGACUGAGGAGUGCCUAG